GUAGGUACAUUCCAUGGAGAAGUGUGGUCUGAGUUUCCAGAAGGACAUGGGAAGCCCCCAGACGACACGGGUGUGUGUGAAACAAGUGAAGCAGGAGGCACCGGAAGAGUGGGACGAAAGCAUGCCUCUGCCCGGCGACGUCAUUGAAGGAUUUGCUAAGGAUGAUUCCGACGAGUUGUUUGUGCCGGCCAAGGCCAAGUCAGAGCUCAGCUCACAGCUUGGUAAGAUUAAACAGCAGGAGGUAAUAUGGGUGAAGGUUAGAAGGGGUGACAGAGCAAUGAAGCUCCGGGCACGUAUUGUGCAAGAGAAGUUCUCAGUGCUCCAUAAGAAGUUUACCAUUAGAGCGGCUGAAGAUGACAGACAUGUUGCCGUUUUAGGGGACUUGACCGCAGAACAAUGCACGGAAUUGCAAGAAAUGAACAGAAGGGUGGUAAAUGUGGACUGUUGGGGAUUCAACAAAAGGGGAGUCAAGUACAAUUGGUUAAUGAAAGUGGGAAGCUACAUGCCAGACCAAAAUGCUUCAAUUGUCAGCUCCAUCCUGUUCAUGCCCCUGCAAAACGAGCACUGCAUUGAGCCCACUACAGUCAGAUGCAUGGCCUGGUUUUCUGCAGCAGUUUCUUCUGGGGCUCCUCUGGUCUUUGUCAAUAUCCAAACAGAGCAGAUAGAGAAAAUUAAUUCCACAGGGAGAGAAACAAGUUGGUGUAAGCAACAAAACAACACAAACGUCCAAGUAGUUCAAGGUAUAAGACUAUGGUUUCUACCUGGAGUUGCUGAAGUUUGCCGUGAAUUGGUUCCUCAACAAGGAGAAGUAAGGUUCGGAAUGGAUAUUAAACGAACAGAAGAGGGCUUUUUCUAUAUUUACUCGGUUACAAAAGGUUUAGCUGCUGACCGCGCUGGGCUUGGGCAACUACGUGAAGAAGCAAUUGCAACGGGAUACCUUCUCGUGAUAUCUCGAUUGGAAGGCAAAAGUCUUACGCCGUCAAAUGCAUGCUCCGAUGGGCUUUUACAUUGUUGUGAUCGCAACGAAAUUAGGGACACCCUCACUUCAGCAAUCGCCCAAAUGGGUAUAAUUCAACUUCACAUCAUGGCCUGGCGGAAUCCAACAUGUCCCGGCGCUACACAAUCGACGGCUGCUGCAAAGCUCCGGCCUCCAUAAGAGCGUUGCCUUACAAACCAUGUUAAAUUUGAGAAUUGUUUGCAGCAAUAAAUUACUUGGGACUCCCACAAUCAAUGGAGAAAACCUUGUAAAAUGUAUAUAGCCAGAUGAGUUGGAGAAUGAAUAAUC